UUAGGAGCUGAGACACCGCUCCUCUAUCCGUCUUCAGGCUAUGUGUGGGCGGGAUGACAUGCUACCCCUGUCAUCUGGCCACACCCCCGGGAUCACUCAACAGCUCCGCCUCCUCAGUGGUGAUUGGCCGCCAGAACUGUAGCUCAGGAGAGGCACACAGGCAGCCAAUCACCAGCGAGGAGGUGGAGGUUGGAGAGGAGGAGCCGAGCGGCAGCACGAAGAUCAAAGAAGAUCGAGUGAGGGAGCUGCCGGAGCGAGUGAAGAGUAGAGCGGCCGUAGAAGGAAGACAGCUGACCAGUAAGUGAGGGAGCGAGCCCAGGCUGGAGCAGGGGUCAGCAAGGUAAGUAUCAUUGGUGUCAGUGGGAGGAAUAGUGCCCCAUCAUUGGUGUCACUAAUACCAAAGAUGGGGCACUAUUCCUCCCCCCACUGACACCAACGAUGGGGCACUAUUCCUCCCCCCACUGACACCAACGAUAGGGCACUAUUCCUCC